AAAAAAAAAAAAUUUAAUUCCCUCCCUAUCCACCUUUUUAAAUUCCAGUCCUCCCGGGCCGGGAAAGAACUCUCCCUAUUUUGUUGCACGGAAGAAUUUCCCGGUUGUCCUACCUCAACUACUAAGUUUGAGACCGGCUACAGAAGGCAGAUCUCCAAACCCCACAGCCCAAAAGAAAAUUACUUGAAAGUUGGUGACUUUCUGGCAAAAACUAAAAAGAUGAGUUUUGAAGACCUUGAGUUCGGCCGGUCGAUGACGAUACGUGGUGAUCAGACGAAGCAAGACUGUAGUCGGGCGCUGGCCGGCGAUGUCUUUCGAAUCAAAACAGCCCUGGCUGCCUUUCAACGCCUCGUUUACAACCUUGGAACUCCUAAGGACACCCCUCACCUCCGCCACAAACUGCAUACAUCAGUGCUACAAAUUGGGCAAUUGCUCGAGGAUGCUUCAGCCAAGCUUAAGCAAUCUACCCAAACUCACCCUCAUGCUCCAGACGCUGCGAGCAAGAAGAUUUUUGAUGAGAAGCUUGCGAAAGAGAUUGCAUACAUUCAUAGAGAGUUUCAGAAAGCCCAAAGGCUUGCAGCAGAGAGGGAAUCAGCUUAUGCUCCUUUGACUCCCCACCAAAUUGUGUCAUACAGUGAUAGCCCUAGUGAAGCGGAUAUGAUGAAGUCGAUGAGGAGUAAAGAGCAUACGUCUCUUAUGAUCGAUACAAGAAGUCAGGACGUCAUUAAUGUGGAAAGCGAAAUAGUACUGAAUGAAGCCAUAAUAGAAGAAAGGGACCAAGGCAUCAAAGAAAUCCAGCAGCAGAUUGGCGAGGUGAAUGAGAUAUUCAAGGAUUUAGCUGUUCUCGUACGUGAACAAGGAGCUAUGAUUGAUGAUAUCGAUACAAAUAUUGAAGGCUCCCGAGAUGCUAUUGAUCAAGGCACUUCACAACUCACAAAAGCAUCCAAGAUCCAACGACCUAAUUCCUCUACGAAGUGUUUAGUAGUGGUGAUUUUUGGAAUCAUCCUUCUCAUCGUCGUAGUGGUGGUGGCGGCGUGAUGGAUGAUUUUGUGUGGUGUGGUGGAGUCAGGCAAAGUACGAAUCGAAGGCCGUCCAACUCUGCCUCAUCAAGUCCGCUUGUGAUGGAUGCUCCUCCGCACAGCCAUUUCGCGCGUUUUUUAACAUAAUAAUAAUAAUCAUGUGUGGUCGUGAAUAAAAGACCACACAGUUGAUUAGAUAAAUAUGUACCAAUUGGACUUUCGUGAAUCAUUGGACUUUCGUGACCUGUUAUUUUCUUUCAAAAAAAAAAUACAAGCCUGUGCGUCUGUUGCUGACACCAAAA